AUGGCAGUUAGGUUGAAACAUGCAUGGACAUGCAGCAGCAGACAAUGGUCGAAGUCCGAGGAACAACUCUUGUCGGCGCUUCAAUCAUGCGACGGAAUCAAACAGUUCAACCAAGUUCACACCCAACUCAUCCUCCACAAUCUCUUUCAACACCCUUUUGUCGCCACCACAGCCAUCAAGAAACUCUCCUCCAAUCCACGCACCACCCCACGCGCCACUUCCCUCUUCGACCAACUCCACCAUCCCGACGCUUUUCUUUGCAACACCAUCAUCCGUUCAUAUGUUCGCACUUCCAAUUUCAACGCCGCUUUCCAUUUCUAUUACCACAAAAUGAUUGCCAGGUGGGUCCCACCCAAUCACUACACUUUCCCUCUCAUACUCAAACUCUGCUCCGAUUGCGGGUCCCAACGAGAAGGUGAAAAGGCUCACGAUCGAGUAAUCAAAUUCGGGUUCGAUUCCGAUUUGUUCGUCUUGAACUCGCUGAUCCGAAUGUACUCCGUUUUCGGGAGAAUUGACUAUGCCCGAACACUGUUUGAUGCGAGUUAUGUUUUGGAUUUGGUGAGUUACAACACCAUGAUCGAUGGGUAUGUGAAGAAUGGUGAAAUUGGUGUUGCACGGAAACUGUUUGAUGAAAUGCCUCAAAGAGAUGUUUUUAGUUGGAAUUGUAUGAUAAAAUGCAUUUAA